GCCUAUUUAAUUCGGCCUCAGAGGCUUGGACGAUCCGUUAAGACUUGGUUCGACUCUUCGCAAGGCCCUUCUUCCGAUUCUAGUUCUAGGGUUCCUUUCGUCGUGUGUUGCCAUGGUCGAUUCUCCUCGCAAAAGGUAUUCACGGUCUCCUUCCCCUUGGAGAGAACAAUUAAGGUCCAGAUCUAGGUCUAGAUCCAGAUCAGUGCCAAGGCCAAGAGCUAGAUCCCGAUCCCGAAGUCGUGGCAGAUCAAGGUCUAGAAGCCAUGGCAGGACUGAAGUUGUGAAUCCUGGAAAUACACUCUAUGUAACUGGUCUAUCUACAAGGGUUACACAGAGGGAACUUGAAGAGCAUUUCUCGAAGGAGGGAAAGGUUGCUUCAUGUUUUCUUGUUGUUGAACCCCGUACACGCAUCUCUCGUGGUUUUGCUUUUGUCACCAUGGAUAAUGUUGAGGAUGCCAACCGCUUUGUUAAAUAUCUGAACCAAUCUGUCUUAGAGGGUCGAUACAUAACUGUGGAGAAGUCACGUAGGAAACGACCAAGAACUCCAACACCGGGACACUAUCUUGGGUUGAAAAACAACAGGGAAUAUGGUCGUGGUGGUGAUCGGAGAGGAUACCAUGGCCGUGAUGAGUAUUAUAGAUCUCCAAGGCGCUCACCAUAUCGAGGUGGUCGUGAUCAUUCAUCUAGGCAUUCUCCAUAUGCUGGAAGAUCAAGGAGGGAAAGGUCGAGGUCGCUUCCCUAUUCUCCUUAUGGUAGCCCUGGCAGAAGGUAUUCUCGUGGCCCUAGGUAAGCAGUUGUUAUUUUCCUGUCCCUACAUUAGGGAAAAGCCAAACGCUGGUGAAAUCCACCCAUGGUGUUGUAACGAUCGCCAGUUUAUCUUGCUUGGAGGCUUACUUUCUCAUUGUUUCAAAGCAUUUGUUUUGCAUAUUGGCUGUUUGCUGUUGCUGAACCUCUGUUGAACUUUUUUUUUCUUAUGGAUUUGAUGGGAUAUCUUGUGCUGUGAGUGGACUA